AUGACCCGUGCUCCGCGGUCUGGAACCGCUGCAAGGAAGACAGAAAGUAGUCGCCUUGAAGGGUCGGUACUUGAUGCCCAAGUUCGGAUGGUGUCAGCCUUCGGCCGUAACGCUGCCAAGUAUAUGACCUGCUCAACGACAGAGACAGGUUGCGGCGUGCGUAUUCUAUGGCACGAUAACGAGGUCCCUGCGGAACACUCUGCGACGCGCCUCCUGGACGCAGCUGAGCCUGUCCCGGCUCCUCCUAGACGCACACAGCGGCUUCAGCGGGUGAAUGCUAACCGGCCUCGCGAGCGCGUGAUCCCCGACAUCAUCCAUAUACAGCCUGAGGAGCCUGUGGAGACUGUGAACGCUGCAGGGAGAAUUCUGACCAAGGAUGAGCUAGAAGAUGACCGGGUUUUUCGGAAAUAUUGGAUGCAAGCACAACGACAGAAACUGCACGUGCAGGCACAGUGGCGACGCGUUUUCAAGUACAAUUACCGACACCGUCCCUUAACUCCGCUUUUUGUGGGCCCCGAGUUCUAUGAUCCUCCCCGACCAGCGGUGAGAUGUCCAUUGGGCGGCAAUCGCAAUUAG